AUGGCGGAGCCUGGGCAGUGGCAGCACGCCUGGGCAAAGCAGGCGCUCACCGGCGACGCAGUGCGGCAGCUGCAGGAGAAAGGCUUUUGCCACCUGCCGGGUGCCUUUGAUGCUGACUUGGCCUCCGCCUGCCUGGAGGAGUGCCGGAAGUUGGACGACGCUUCAGCGACCACCGUGACGACCAAUCGCUGCAACCGAGGGUCGCGGUCCGCGUGGCUGGAUCUGAGCUCAGAGGACAGCGCAGCUUUGCACCAGUUGCCGAAGCUCACCGAGCUGUCGCGGAUGCUGGCAGGUUUGCCCUGGGAGUUGCAGAACUCCGGCUUCGAAGACCUCCGAGUGCAUCCGGCAACGAUGCUUGCGGUUUACCCGGAGCAGGCGGCGUCGUAUGCGCUGCACAAGGAUUCUUACGCGCCGGCGGAUAACGACCCUGCCACCGGUGCCACCCGUCGUCUCACAGUGCUCGCCUAUUUCAAUGAGGCGCGCGAAGGGGACGGCGGGCAGCUCCGCGUGCACGAGGCGGCGAAGGACAAGCCGGACCCGCGGAAGUUCGAGGCGCUGGAGCCGAAAGCCUGGGCCCCAGGGCUCUAA